AUGCCUUUUAAAAUCAACAUCGGUCUUAAGAUUUCCACCACCCUUCUUCUUCUUACUCUUUCUGCUCUUCUACCAGGCCUUGCGCCAAUUAUAGUCGACCUUGCUAUCCUUUACGCUUUUAUGAUUACUCGCAUGCUAUUAUUAAGUGCUUCAAAAGCUCCUUGCUUUAAUAAUGCCAAUAUCACCGACUUCAUCGAGAACAAGACCGAACAAAGCCGCUUGUUCCUUCUCGGAUUGCCCGUCGGAAUCCGAAACAAAACGAUUAAACAUUAUAAAGUCGACGAGCUCGACUUAAACUCUUAUGCCGCUUUCGACGACUUCGUCGCAUUCGCUUUUAAAACCGACCAAAGUGUUAAGACUAUCGAAGCUAUGAAUCGAGAGAAGUCUCUUUUAGCUAACUUCACUAAGGAUAUUCGGACCUUGGUUAAAAAACACACCGAGCUAGCUAGCGUUCUUAAGUCUGCUAAGAAAGCCUUAGUAAUAGUGCCGUUCACUCGUAAACUACGGUUCACGAGUGAAAAAGAAAGAAUUGAUAAAUCGCUAACUCAACUUCUCGACGCCUUAUCCAAUCUUAGCCUUAAGUUCGAUUCGAAGACUACGACGAAGCCUUUAUUAAGUAUACCGCUUAAGAUGCCCGAAGUAAAGUCAGCCUCGAAAGUGAAGUUCAAAUUGCUACUAUCGGCUACGAACCACAAGAACGAAAAAAAGAAAAAGGUAAAGGAUACAAGAGCUAGAUGCAAGAUUGUGGCUUCUACGAGAACUCCGAGGACACAACUCAAGCUCCUUAUCAAUACCGAGAUGAAUUUGGGGGGUCCUUUGACAGUUGGCAUGCUAAGCGAGCUAGCUAAGGUCGAUAUGGAUAUACCGACACCGGCAACUCUCUCUUUGGCAAGCAGUGCUUUGCCAACUACUAUAUCGACCGAAAAAAAGAAGGAAGAAGAUGUUACCCGUCAGAGUGAACUCGUUCUCACUUACGUGAGCUUCAUUGCUAAGGAUAGCUACGAAACCGAUCUAAGAGCUAAGGUCAGCGUUAUUAGCAAAUGCUUCAUCUACGAACACGAAGAGCUUCGCCGUCUUUAA